AUGUCAAGAAAAAUUACAAGCCUUCUGCCGAUUCUUCUACUGCUGACAAAUUAUAAUGCACUGGCAUUUCCAGUUGAUCUGGAGCUGAAGACGGAUCUGGAGUGGUCGGAUAACGAGCCCAUUCGCGUCAAUGGUGGCCAGUUGGUGAACGAAACGGUACCCUUUCAGGUAUCCCUGCAAGUCCAGAGACGUGGUCGCUGGCGUCACUUCUGUGGCGGCUCCAUAGUUAGUCCCCAACACGUGCUGACCGCUGCCCAUUGUGUGGAGAAGAUGAGAGUCGAGGAUAUCAGUGUGCUGGGCGGUACCCUCAACUGGAAGACGGGCGGCAUGCGGCAUAGAAUUGCGGCCAAGCAAGUCCAUCCCCAGUACACGAUGAGUCCGCGCAUCAUCAACGACAUUGCCGUGUUGAAGAUCUCGCCCGCAUUUCGACUGCAUCGGGCGAGUAUUGGAACCAUUGGACUGGGUGGUCCCAAUCGCAUUGGCAACAAGGUAGCGGUUCGUCUCACCGGCUGGGGCUCCACCACGCCGACCGCAGCGAACGCCACGCUGCCGGAUCAGCUACAGGCGCUAAACUAUCGCACCAUCUCGAAUGGGGAAUGCGCGCAGAAAGGCUUUCGUGUCACGGCCAAUGAGAUUUGCGCGCUGGCAUCACGCGGCCAGGGCGCUUGUGUGGGCGAUUCCGGUGGUCCGUUGGUCCUCAUGGGCGCCGUGCCCCAACUUGUGGGCAUUGUGUCUUAUGGCAGCGCCACCUGCGCCCAGGGUCGACCCGAUGUCUAUACACGUGUCUCCAGCUUUCUGCCAUACAUUAACAAAGUGCUGCAGCAGGAUCUGGCCUAA